AUGUACAGAAAUUUUUAUUUUAAACAAAACGUGUUUUUGCAAAUUUUAAGAAAUUCGAGUGGAACUACAAAACAAACGACGACUGCUUACUGUUUAGAAUUAGUUAGAAAACAUGAUUAUGAAAAUUAUUUGUGUACAUUAUUAUUAUCAAGUAAAAUUACAGCAGCGGCAUUUGUAAUCCGUGCAUUUAAUGUUGAAAUAGCACAAGUAAAAGAUCAAGUUCGUGAUUAUAAAAUAGGAGAAAUGAGAUUAAAAUUUUGGACAGAUGCAUUAAACAAUACAUAUAAAGGAAAUCCUCCAAAGAGUCCUGUUAUGUUGGAAUUACAUAAGAUUUUGCAGAAACAUUCUCUUUCUAAACAUUAUUUCAAACGUUUAAUUGAUAUAAGGUUUAAUACGCUACGAGAUUAUGCAUUUAAUGACAUAAAUGCAAUAGAAAAUUAUGCAGAAUAUAGUAAUUCUUCUAUUUAUUACCUUUUAUUACAAGCACAUGGUAUAACUGAUAUUAAUGCUGAUCAUGCUGCUAGUCAUAUGGGCAAGGCACAUGGAAUUGUUAAUUUAAUUCGUUCAAUUCCUUAUAAUAUCAGGAAAAGGACAAAUAUGUUACCACAAGAUAUUUUAAUGAAAUAUAAUAUUUCUACAGAAGCUAUCUUACAGGGUCAAUCGAGUAAAGAUUUUCAAAAUGUAAUAUUUGACAUAGCAUCGUGUGGAAAAUUACAUUUAGAUGCUGCUAUUUCUUUUAAACGCAACGUGACAAAAGAAGCAAAUUUAAUUUUUCUACCAAUAGUUUGUAUACAAAGAUAUUUGAAUGAAUUGAUGAAAGCAGACUUUGACAUCUUUAAUGCAAAAUUACAAAAAAGAGAUAAUUUACUUCCCCUGUAUUUAUAUUGGAAAAGCUUUAGAUACUAA